AUGGAUCUUGGGAAUUUCUUUAUGGAAUAUGCUAAGGUUACAUCAAUUAAACCAAUAGGUGUGGAGCAAGUUCAAACCACAACACAAGACAGCUAUUAUUUUCUCGGUCAAAAACUGCCCCUUUGGGAAGUGCGCGGACAGAUUGAGUUCCACGGGAAAGAGCUAGAGUCCACUAAGGUAAAGCCAUUUUGUUUCGUCACUCCACACGUGGUCUUAGCUACAGGAAACUCUGACCAACCCAGAAAGAUGGGUGUUCCAGGAGAGGACUUACCGUUUGUGUUGCACUCGUUAAUAGAACUUGAACGGUUACUGUCAGGCAGCCAGCUGCAUGACAAGUCCAACAACUUGGUGGUUGUAGGAGCUGGCUUGUGUGCUGCUGAUGCUAUUAUUGCUGCUCAUUUUAGUGGCAUCCACAUCACCCACGUCUUUAGGCGGGACGUGGAGGACCCCGAGCUUAUUUUUAAUAAUUUACCCCAGAAUAUGUAUCCCGAGUAUCAUAAGGUCCACCAGAUGAUGGCCGACACCUCUGGAGUUCUUUAUUCUCGAUACAAGUCUUACCCCAAACACCAGCUUGUGCAAGUUCUGCCCAAUCACACUGUGAUCCUAGAACACACUACUAAAAAAGAAAGUAAGAUUGUCAUAGAUGCUGCCUAUGUCAUUGUGUUAAUAGGAAUGCAGCCAGAUCUAAGUUUCAUAUCAAACUGUAGUUCUGAACUGACAGUCAGACCCGAAGAACCCAUCAAUUGUCGGCAGAACCCUAUAGCGAUUAAUCCUUACACGCAUGAGAUGGCAACCUAUUCCGGUAUCUUUGCUAUGGGACCCCUAGUAGGGGAUAACUUUGUACGAUUUGUACAUGGGGGAGCCUUAGCUAUUAGCACUUACUUACACCAGAAGUUAAAAACAUUUAGCCACUCUGAAUGA